AUGUACUGAUAUAACACCAUAUCCCAAAUCUAAAUAUAAAGAAGAAUUUUGGAGUCGAUCAAAAGAUCCAACUACUGACAAAGCUAACUUGAAAAUGUUAUAUGAACUUAGAGAUUCAAAAAGCUCAGAAAAUGCAGAAAACUCAGAAGAUUUAGAAGAAAGCAUAUUCUGGAAUAGUUUUCAAAAUGCUUUGAUAGUUAAUAAACAUGGUCAAAAUGAAAAAACACGAAUUUUAUCUAUUAUAGCAGAUCAAUUUAUCUAUAAACAACUUCGAAAAAAACUUCAAGUUAGUUCAAAACUAAAAUAA